CGAUGCACCGGCUCGCGCUCGUGGCUGCGCUCGCGGCGCCGAUGGCGGCCGCCGCCGCUGCGUCGCCGCUGACGCACAUCUUUGACCUCAUGGGCAUCAGCACCUUCCACCGCCAUGGCGUGACGGGCAACGGCUCGGUCGUCGGCGUCACCGACUCGGGCCUGUACAUGGCGCACGACCAGUUCGCCCAGGCGUCGAGCGUCUACAACCGCUUCGACCUCAAGGCGCGCAAGGUCGUGCACUACGAGACGUUUGCGGACGAGAAGGACCAGUCGAAUGAGCCCGACCACGCAUGCGGCCACGGAACGCACGUGAGCGGCAUCCUCGCUGGCAACGCAGAAGCGACGUACCCGCUGGGCGUUGCGCCGGACGCCCGCAUCGCCUUUCUGGACAUUGCCACCGACUGCACGACGCUGCCGUGCCCCUCCGCCGUUGUGCUCCGAGUGCCUACGACGCCCGAAGCUCUCUUUCUCAACCAAACCAAGGCCGGCGCCAAAGUCAUUUCCUAUUCCUGGGGCACGGCGUCGACCGGCAGCGCCUUUAUCACGACCACCGACGACUACGACGACCGGACCCGGGCCAUUGACAAGUACCUGUACGACCACCCGGAUAUUUUGCUCGUCACGGCGGCCGGCAACGCCGGUGGCAACGGCGCUACGUCCAUCGUGAGUCCGGCUGGCGCCAAAAACAGCCUCACGGUCGGCGCGUCCCUGGCCGACGUCACGACGCUAGCAACUGCGGCGAGCGACACGCAGCCGGCCGACUGCCAAGACAUUCUGAACCAAGACGCGUUGACCUAUUACUCGUCGAUGGGCCCGACGCGCGACGGCCGUAUCAAGCCCGACCUCGUGGCACCAGGUCGCUUUCUCGUGUCGGCCAAGUCCUUCCCGAGCGAGAAUGCGACGAGCACCGCGUCGACGUGCCGGCUCGAAGGCACCUCGCAGGCGACACCGAUCGUGUCGGGCAUGGCGACGCUUCUCUACAGCUGGCUUCGCGACGGAUACUGGGUCAACGGCAGCCCGUCGCCGGCGUUCGCCAUGACGUCGAUCCCGUCGAGCUUGCUCAAGGCGCUGCUGCUGCACAGCGCAACGCCGCUCGUCCGACGGCUGCCCGAUUUGUCUGCGACAUCGACGUGCGACGGGAUCAAGAAGGGCAUGUACCUCUUCAAGCAGUACCCUGACCCGCGCCAAGGCUACGGUCGUCCUAACGUCGCCACCCUUUGGCCAACGGCGACGUCGCCGACCGUGUACUUUUACCCUAACCACACGGGCAUGGUCCCGUCGCUCUCGCAAGGCUACGUGCACGACUACAGCGUCAGCGUCUCGCCCGGCGGCCACCUCCGCGUUACGAUUGUAUGGACGGAUCCGCCGCAGACGUCGGCGCCCCUCGGCACGUCGCUUCUGACCAACGACCUCGACCUCUCGGUGCUGCUCCCAGGGACGAACAAGGUGGUGUUCCCGCUCUCGACCAACGGCCAGCGCCGGGACAGUGUCAACAACAUUGAAAUGAUCGACGCCUCUUACGAGACGCUGGCAGGCCUCGCCACCCGCAGUGCGAGUGCGUCCGGCCCGCUCGUCGUCACCGUGCGCGUCACGGGCGCCCUCCAAGUGUCAGCCCAAGACUACUCGAUCGUGUCGACGUCUCCCCUCGGCGCGGCGACGCUCGGGUCGGCGCCGCCGCUGCCAAAGCCGUCAAGCGACGAGAGGGCCUCGGGCGUUGGCUCGUGGGUCAUCAUCGUCGGCGUUGUCGGUGGCGUCCUUCUCUUGCUACUAGCGUCCUUUGCCUGCAUCGUGCUGUCUCGGCGCCAGAGAAACGAGACGGGCGAGUACGAAGCGCUGCAGACGACGGUCCGCAACAUGUUUUCCCGCCACGUGUGCCCGUACUGCCGCUUCUCUACGAAAGACCCGGUGCUGCUGCUCGCGCACGUUGAAAGCGCCCACGCGCCGACCGUCGCCGAGAGUCGCGAGAUACUCGAGACGCAGCGGACCGCAUGCCCGCACUGCCACUUCAAGUCGUUCGAUGCCGUUGCGCUCGUCCACCACGUUCAAGCCCUGCACACGUUUGACGAUGCCACGUCACCGACAUCGACUUUGCACUAAGCCGAUGAGAGCUGAGCUUAUAGUUGAUACAAUGAUAGUAGGCUCUGAUCGCACUCGACAUUGAAAGCGCGGGGUUGGGUGCGCCGAGUUAAUAAAAUAGUGAGAGACAACUAGA